GCAAACUCAAAUGUCUUUUAUUGACCUGACUGCACAAAACCCCUCCAAGAAAGAAUCAACAAAAUCCAUUCUUUUUCUCCAGAAAACGGAGUAUCAAGGUGUUUAUCAAUGGCGGCGACCAUGGAUUCUCUGCAGCCUCUCUUCCAUGCCCUUGACCCCAUAUCACUUGUUCUUUCUCAGAACUCCGCCCCUCACCAACCGGUCCCUCUGAGAAUCACAACCGACAGUUACAUGAUGGAGAGAGGGCCCCGGUACAGAGCCUAUGCAGAGUUGAGAGAAUCGAAACUCAGAAUGAAGAAUGCGAGGAUGCAAGAAAGGGAAGAACUGGAAUUGAAACAAACCCCUUCGAAGAAACAAGUCAAAUUCAGCCCGAAUUUGGGGAAUCAAGAGAGGGAAGAACCGGAAUUGAAACGAACCCCUUCGAAGAAACAAGUCAAAUUCAGCCCGAUUUUGGGGAAUUCCCGAAAAGGGUCCUCUGUUCUUGCGCAAUCGGUGCCGGAUUUCUCUGCGGCUUUGAGAAAAGAGAAUAGGAAACCGGCAACGGGUGCACUUGAAUUGACACCGCCGACAAAGAACUGGUCAAAAGCGAGGGCAGUGUUGUCAAGUGCGAAAGGGAGCAAGUCAGCGAACGCCAGAGAGAAGGGGGGUUUGACGAUGGCGAGAAAAAGUUAUGCCUGUGUUGAGGAACUGAAGGGGGUCUCCUCUGCGGCGGCGAAUGCCAUUAAUGGCGAAAACAGGGGAGGAAGGAGUACCAGAACGGGCAGAAGCAACAAGACAGUGUUGGGACAUAGACAGUACUGAAUUGUCCUCCGAUUCCACAUCAACUUCGUUUCAUCUUCAAAUUGUUUUUCACACCUUUUCUUGAUUGUAUUUGAUUACUUUUCUAGAAAGAUUGAUGAUAUUAUAAAUUCCUUCAUGAUUUUUCCUAUGUAAAAAGCCAUGGAUGUAAUCUAGUUUUACGUAACUGGAGAUACUAUGAUUUUUUUAUAAAAAGCGUGUGCCUUC